GGAUGACCCGGUAGAGCGUGAUGGCGGAUUAAGCCCAGAAGAGAGGCGAUGUGAGCUGCAGAAGACGAUGUUUUUCAGGCCAGCGGGACUGAAACAUGCAGAUCGUCUGAUGGGUUCUCGGCAGGGUCCAGCGAGAGUCGCGAGGUAAACAAAGCGAGCGACAGGGACAGGUCUAUCCCAGCGAUUCGGGUGAUGAACAGGAAGAUGAAGAAGGUGAUGCGAACGACCGACCGACAGCGAAGGGAGGGAGGAUUUCAACGAAGACCGACCGAAGCAGCGUCGGUCCAGCGUUGGCAAGAAAGAGACGAAGGCAAAAGAAAGGGCGACUCGAGGCGGGUGGCCGCACCUUGCCCGAUCGGGCCAGUGAGUGAGACAUCCGCGCUAUUUUUAUUUGGCGUGGCACGCCUGAGGCACCUCUCAGGUGUCGCCCAGGCAUCCCCGACCGAGGGGCUCAUUCUUCUGCCGUCCAUCCCCCGACUGGUUUCACAUAGAAGACAACACCCUCUUCCCAGGGAAAGUCCCGGCGAGAAUGAACCCCCAGUAUCUGUCCCGGAGGGAGCAUCCCGACUGCCAGUCUGUGACACUGUGUACCGCUGCCCCCGCAAAACUGCGACACUAACCGGGUCCCGGCAGCCACUAUUGCCAAUUAUUGGCCACGAACAUCAACCAGAUACUCCAGACAAUCCACUGAUUGGAAGCGAGCAGAUGCUUACAUAGUAGUGCCGAGAUAACUAGUAGAUAACAACUUUGCAUUCUAGCUCUCUAGCUGAAAUAGAUAUUGAUACUAAAGCUUAUCUAAAACGACAAUGAAAGAUGUUCCUGAUUAUUCAACAUGGUAUGCUUCAUGUACAACACAAUCUUGCCGUCAUCAAACUCUCACAAAUCAUGAUUAGUAUUAGUAGUAUUAUUAGAGUCGGUCAUUUCACAGGCGUAUUGAUACAGGGUCCAAUCUCGGUCGGACUGGGAGAGGCGCGUAUCCUC